AUGGGUACCCAAGAGGAAGACCAAGAAGGUACUAGUGCUGAACGAAGAAACCAAGAGGGGUCGGAGAGUAGUAACGCCCCGAGCAGACCGAAACAACAAGACAUGAGCUGUCCAUCCAUUACUGAUACGGCUCCACCCCAUAUUGUUGCGGAGAUGCAGAUGAUGAAAGAACGGAUGGACCUCAUAAUGAACGCGCUCAGGAGGAAAGUGUCAAAUGACCUCAACGAUUUGGUCCAUCGGACAGAUUCACCAUUCACCAUGUCCGUCAACUCCUUCCCCUUACCACAGAAGUUCCACAUGCCGCAAAUAGAAAGCUACGAUGGAGCCAAGGACCCUCUCAAUCACUUAGAAUCAUUCAAGACCCUAAUGUACCUUCAAGGAGUAGCAGACAAAAUCAUGUGUAAGGCCUUCCCUACCACACUAAGGGGUCCUGUAAGAGUUUGGUUCAGUAGGUUGGCACCCAACUCCAUCAGCACUUUCAAGGACCUAAGCACCCAGUUUGCUUCACACUUCAUCGGGGGGCAUAGAUAUAAGAAGUCAACCGCAUGCUUAAUAAGCAUUAGGCAACGGGAGGAUGAAACGCUGAGGUCUUAUAUAGCCCGUUUCAACAAGGAAGCACUCUCGAUUGAUGAAGCUGACGACAAGAUCCUCGUAGCCACCUUCACGAAUGGGUUACGAAAGGGUAAGUUUUUAUUCUCCUUAUACAAGAAUGACCCGAAAACCAUGUCGGAUGUGCUUUACAAGGCCACCAAGUACAUGAAUACUAAACAUGCGCCACUGGCCUGUGAGGAGAAAUCCAAGAAAAGAGAGGGGCAAGAGGAAGCUCGACAGGAUAUGGGUAGGAAGAUGGUCCUGAUGCAGAUCAAGGAUGAAAAAGCCUUGACAUUCCCUGGUAAAUUGAAGGGUGAUCCUAGCAAGAGGCCUAGGGAUAAAUAUUGUCGUUUCCACCGAGACCACGGUCAUGAAACGUCUGAUUGCUAUGACUUGAAGUAA